UAGUGGGCAGUGUUUUAUACUGUGACCAGGUCUGCAGCCCGUCACUCUGAAACACGGAAAAGGAGUCUGUGUGGCACAAACGAACCAGACGCACUUUGACAGAGCAGUUUAAAGAGUUUCGAGAACUGUCAGAUACUAUCGUUUCAUUUUUUUGAUAGUGUAAGCAAUUUGGUAAAGCCUUGACAUAAAACACAGUUAGGAGAUUGCGUAUUUUUCUUUGUAGGCCUAUAUUCAGUAGUUUGGGGUUUUCUCAAAACCGAAAGUAAGUCGACAGUAUGGAGGAGGAUAUGCAGGAAGAUAUGCAGGAAGAGUGUCAACCUCUCCGGCAGGACCUGUCCUGCCCCGUGUGUCAGGGCAUCUUCCAGGACCCCGUGCUGCUGCCGUGUACCCACAGCUUCUGUCGGGAGUGUCUGCAGAGAAGUUUCCAGUUUAACAAGAAGUGUCCCGUGUGCAGGGACGCGUUUGAGGAAGGGCAGGCCAUCUCCAACCGCGCGCUCAGCAGAACGUGUGAGACCUUCCUCAAGCAGUCAAACUGGCACCCGAAACGGGUCCGUCGCAAUGAGGACACCUGUAACCUGCACCUGAAGCCGCUGGAGCUGUACUGUGAGAAGGACGAGGAGCCCGUGUGUGUGGACUGUGUCUCUCUGCACAGCUCACACCGGCUGUACUCACUGAGAGAUGGGGCAUCAGUGUGUAAGAGGGAACUGGGCUACAAAGUCCAGAUUUUUGAGAAGAAAGUGGAGUCAUACAAGAAGUGUACUCGUAAACUCAGCAACUCAGUGGAGUACAUCAAGUAUCAAGCUGGGCAGGCAGAGAAGCAGAUCAAGGUGGAGUUCGAGAGGCUCCACAAGCUGCUCCUCACAGAGGAAGCUCUGCGUCUGAAAGCUCUGGCUGACGAGGAGGAGCAGAAGAUUGCUUCCAUACAGGAGCUGAUUGAAAGCACAAACGAGGACAUCAUGGCUUUGAACAAGCUCAGUGAAACUCUGAAGAAAGAGAUGGGCAACGAGGAUCUACCCCUCCUGCGGAACUUCCAGAAGUUAAAAAGAAACACCCAGUGGACUCGUCAAGAACCUUGCUUCCUUGACGACUCUCUUUUGAACAUGGGCAAUCAUGUUGGUGCUCUGAGCUUCAACAUCUGGAAGAACAUGCAGGCGCAUGUCAAAUAUUAUCCGGUGAUGUUGGACCCGAACACGGCCUCUCCGUGGCUGUUCUUGAAUCCCGACCUGUCCAGUGUGAAGGAAAGCUCGGAGCGGCUGACCGUCCCCGACAACCCAGAGCGCUUCGAUCCCUGCGUCUUCGUCCUCGGUGCUGAAGGUUACCGCUCUGGGAAACACAGAUGGGACGUCAUUGUUGGUGACAACCCCAAGUGGAUUGUGGGAGUGUGCAAAGAGUCAGUGCCCCGCAAAAAGAAGUUCACGGUCUCUACAAACCGCGGUGUGUGGUCCAUGGGACUGAGCAAAGGGCUGUACACCGUCUCCACACAGGAGCGUACAGAGGUGCAGGUGCAGCAGCGUCCUGAAAGGAUCCGCAUUAAGCUGAAUAUGGAUAAGGGAGAGGUGUCAUUUUGGGAUGGGGGAACAUCGAAGCACCUUGUCACUUUAACACACAAGUUUGAUGAGAAGAUGUAUCCGAUGUUUGGCCCUGGGCUCUUUACCACGCCUAUGAUUCUGGCACCGGGAAAAAUAGCUGUACACACCUCAUGAUGGGAUGUACUGCAGGAGGAUUGCAAAUGACUAUAAUAAAGAUUACAGAUGGGAACAUAUUCAAGUUGCUUGCUUCACUAGCUUUUACAUGAACUUUACGCUUGGAAAAUGGCCUUUUUUUAAUUGCUGUAUAUCCUUUAGUUGAUUAUGCUCAAAUAUCGUGGUGUUUUGAAUCUGUGCAGGUUUGUCGUCCUCUACUAAUGCUCUGAAUCUGUUUAAUAAUAAUAAUACAGUUUAUUUGUAAAGCGCCUUUCAUGACUAAAAGCAAUCCCAAGGUGUGGAAAUCUGAAUUUGCUGUCUCCAUAUAAUUCAAUAAAAGUUCAAUAAAAUACAAAAACA